UGCGUAUUCAAACAAGGUGUGCGCGCGUGCGUGCAUCUCUGUGUGUGCGCGCGUGUUUUUCCGAGCAGACCGAGAGGGCGAAGGAGCUCGUGGCUUUCGUGGCGGAGGGGGGUUUGAGAGAGGAGAAGGAGAGGGAGGCAUUCCUCCUGGAAUUUUUGGAUUUUCCCUCCAGGGAUUGAGCAGCACUUUUAAAAAAAAUAAUAAUAAAAUAAAAAAAAUAAUAAAAAAAAAGAGAAGAAAAGACCAGCAAAGGAUAGGAGGGAGGACGUUUCUGAAGGAGGGAGGGUUCGGUCAUGUUUGCCAUUUCGCAGGCACUGGAGAUCUGAUAUCUGGUGGAGUUGCGCUCCUCCACGUGGUGGGGGCGGCCGCCGACACAGUUGCGGCCGAAGCAGAGCAUUGCAUCCAGACCGCAUGGAGAAGGUAACGCGUUGACCUCAGGGGCCUCAGUCGCUGCCCGCGGAGGCAUGCAGAGCUGUGCAUUCGGGAUCUGCAGUGUACAGAGGGCCGUCCUACACCUGUAGAUCUUUGGGAGGGAAACCAAAAAGAAAAACAAGCUUAAAGAAGAAGGGAAAGUAGCAGACGAAGGUGUGGCGCAGCGACUGGUUGACGGGGGAAAGAGGAGAUGGAGUUGGAGCGGAAGCCGAGCGAGUCCUGCCUGUCGCCUGCCGCCUUCAUCAACCAGGCGCAGUACUCCAACAUCCUGGAGGGCAGGUUCAAGCAGCUGCAGGAUGAGCGUGAGGCCGUUCAAAAGAAGACUUUCACCAAAUGGGUGAACUCCCACCUGUCCCGUGUCACCUGCCGCAUCGGCGACCUCUACACCGACCUCCGCGAUGGCCGCAUGCUCAUCCGCCUGCUGGAGGUGCUGUCCAAUGAGCAGCUGCCCCGGCCCACGAAGGGCCGCAUGCGCAUCCACUGCCUGGAGAACGUGGACAAGGCGCUGCAGUUCCUCAAGGAGCAGAAGGUCCACCUGGAGAACAUGGGCUCCCACGACAUCGUAGACGGCAACCACCGGCUCACCCUGGGCCUGAUCUGGACCAUCAUUCUCCGCUUUCAGAUUCAGGACAUUAGUGUGGAGACCGAGGACAAUAAGGAGAAGAAAUCAGCCAAAGAUGCUCUUCUGCUGUGGUGUCAGAUGAAAACUGCAGGGUACCCCAAUGUCAACAUCCAUAACUUCACCACCAGCUGGAGGGAUGGCCUGGCUUUCAACGCUAUUGUUCACAAACACAGGCCAGACCUGAUAGAGUUCGACACACUGAAGAAGUCGAAUGCACACCACAACCUGCAGAACGCGUUCAACCUGGCGGACAAGGAGCUGGGCUUGACUAAACUGCUGGAUCCCGAGGAUGUCAACGUGGACCAGCCAGAUGAGAAGUCCAUCAUCACUUAUGUGGCCACUUAUUACCACUACUUCUCUAAGAUGAAGGCCUUGGCGGUGGAGGGCAAAAGGAUUGGCAAGGUGCUGGACUACGCCAUUGAGGCCGACCAGCUGGUGGAGAAAUACGAGACUCUGGCAUCGGAGCUGCUGCAGUGGAUCGAGCAGACCAUCCACACCCUGAAUGACCGGAAACUGGCCAACUCCCUGACCGGUGUGCAGAACCAGCUGCAAGCCUUCAACACCUACCGCACUGUGGAGAAGCCCCCCAAGUUCACAGAGAAGGGAAACCUGGAGGUCCUGCUUUUCACCAUCCAGAGCAAGAUGAGAGCCAACAACCAAAAGGUCUACAUGCCAAAGGAGGGCAAGCUAAUCUCUGACAUCAACAAGGCAUGGGAGCGGCUGGAGAAGGCGGAGCAUGAGCGGGAGCUGGCGCUUCGCAAUGAGCUGAUUCGCCAGGAGAAGCUGGAGAUGCUGGCGGCCCGUUUUGAUCGCAAGGCAGCCUUGAGGGAGACCUGGCUGAGUGAGAACCAGCGCCUGGUGUCCCAGGAUAACUUUGGUGUGGACCUAGGCGCGGUGGAGGCAGCCACGAGGAAACACGAGGCCAUCGAGACAGACAUCAUGGCGUACGGCGAGCGUGUGGCCGCCGUGGAGGCAGUGGCGCGCGAGCUGGAGGCAGAGAGCUACCACGACGUGCGGCGCGUGCUGGCCCGGCGUGACAACGUACUGCGGCUCUGGGAGUAUCUGCGUGAGCUGCUGGCCGCGCGCCGCGAGAGGCUGCUGGCCCACCGCGACCUACAGAGGCUGCUGCAGGAGAUGAGCUACGUCAUGGACUGGAUGGCCGACAUGAAGGGGCGCCUACAGUCCCAGGACACCGGGAAGCACCUGUAUGACGUGGAGGACCUGCUGCAGACCCACACACUGGUGGAGGCAGACAUCUCGGCCCAGGCGGACAGGGUGCGGGCCGUGCAGGCCGCGGCCCAGCGCUUCACCAGCAGCGAGCCCACCUACAAGCCAUGCGAGCCGGCGCUGGUCAGCGAGAAGGUGUCCCAGCUGGGCCAGGCCUACGAGCAGCUGGUCCAGCUGGCGGCGGAGCGCCGGAGUCGCCUGGAGGAUUCGCGUCGCCUCUGGCAGGUGCUGUGGGAGCUGGGCGAGGAGGCGGCCUGGAUGCGCGAGCAGGAGCAGAUCCUGGCGGGCGCCGACUGCGGCCGCGACCUCACCUCGGCCCGGCACCUGCUCAGCAAGCACGAGGCCUUCCGCGACGAGAUGGCCGCCCGCUACGGGCCACUCAGCAACAGCAUCGCCGCCGGGGAGGCCCUGGUGCAGGAGGGACACUUUGAAGCCCCGAAGGUUGAGGAGAGGAUAAAGGACAUUCGAGAACAAUGGGCCCACUUGGAGCAGGCGUCCCAGCGGCGGCACACGCUCCUCCAGGAGGCCGUGGCCCUGCACCAGUUCCAGACGGACGCCAAUGACAUGGAGGCCUGGAUCCUGGAGACGUUGCGGCGGGUGUCCAGCACGGAGGUGGGCCACGACGAGUUCUCCACGCAGACGCUGGCGCGCAAGCAGCGUGAGGUGGAGGAGGAGAUCCAGAGCCACCGCACACUCAUCGACUCGCUGCACGAGCAGGCGGCAGCCCUGCCCCCCGCCCAUGCCAACUCACCGCAGGUGGAGGGCCGGCUGCCAGCCAUCGAGCAGCGCUACGAGGAACUGGAGGCCCUGUCGGCCGCGAGACGUAAGGCCCUGGAGGGUGAGCUGGCCCUGUACCGUAUGUUCAAUGAAGCGGGCGCCUGCCAACUCUGGAUCGGGGAGAAGGAACAGUGGCUGGACAGCAUGGAGAUUCCCAGCAAGCUGGAGGACUUGGAGGUGGUGCAGCAGAGGUUUGAGACUUUGGAGCCGGAGAUGAAUAAUAUAGCGACACGCAUCGAUGAUGUAAACCAGGUGGCACAGCAGCUUCUGAACUCAGACCACUGCAGCAAAGACCAGAUCCACCAGACCCAGGACCAGCUCAACACCAGGUGGAAGGACUUCCAACAGCUUGCUGACCAGAGGAAACAGGCGCUAGACUCUGCUCUCAACAUCCAGAACUAUCAUCUGGAGUGCAAUGAGAUCCAGAGCUGGAUGAAGGAGAAGACUAAAGUUAUCGAGUCCACCCAAGGUCUGGGUAAUGAUCUGGCUGGUGUCAUGGCCCUGCAGCGGAAGCUCACGGGCAUGGAGCGAGAUCUAGAGGCCAUCCAGGGCAAACUGGAUGACCUGUGUCAAGAGGCGCAGAAAUUGGCCGAAGAACAUCCUGACCAAGGUGACGAGAUCCAAGCCAGGCUGCUGGAGAUCCAGGAUGUGUGGAAAGAGCUGAAUGGCACCAUGAAAGGACGUGAGGAGAGCCUGGGUGAGGCCAGUAAGCUGCAAGGCUUCCUGCGGGACCUGGAUGACUUCCAGGCUUGGUUGUCCCAUACCCAGACAGCCGUGGCGUCUGAGGACAGUCCCACCUCUCUGGCUGAGGCUGAACGCCUUCUGGCGCAACACAAGACCAUCAAGAACGAGGUGGACAACUACAAAGAGGACUAUGAAAAGAUGCAGGCCUUGGGUGAGGAGGUUACCCAGGGCCAGACGGAUGCCCAGCACAUUUUCCUGGCCCAGAGGCUACAGGCACUGGACACCGGCUGGCAUGAGUUGCACCGCAUGUGGGAGAAUCGUCAGAAUCUGUUGACCCAGGCUUCUGACUUCCAGACUUUCUUGAGGGAUGCCAAGCAGGCUGAGGGUUUCCUGAACCGACAGGAAUAUACUUUGUCCCACAUAGAAACACCCUCAAGUCUACAGGCAGCAGAGAAUGCCAUCAAAAGGCACGAGGGCUUUAUGAACACAAUGGAGGUCAACGAGGAGAAGAUUAUGAGUGUUGUAGACACUGGGCUGCACUUGGUCAACACGGGCAACGCCAAUACGGACAAGAUCCAAGAGAAGGUGGAUUCCAUCCAAGCCAGGUAUGCAAAGAACAAAAAAGAUGCCAGUGAGCUUCUGGCAAAGCUGAAGGACAAUCGUGAGCUUCAGCACUUCUUGGAGGAUGGUCAAGAGCUGAGUCUCUGGAUAAACGAGAAGAUGCUCACGGCCCAGGAUAUGUCCUAUGAUGAAGCCAGGAACCUCCACAGCAAGUGGCAGAAGCACCAGGCUUUCAUGGCUGAGUUGGCUUCCAACAAGGACUGGCUGGACAAGAUCGACAGGGAAGGACAGACAUUGGUGCGCGAGAAGCCAGAACUGGAGCCAGAGGUGAAUCAGACCCUGGCAGGACUCCAGCAGCAGUGGGAGGAGCUGGAGGCUACCACCCGCACCAAGGCGCAGUGCCUCUUUGAUGCUAACAGGACAGAGCUCCUGACACAGAGCUGCUCAGCCCUGGACUCAUGGCUGAAGAACCUGUCCUCCCAGGUGCAGAGCGACGACUUUGGCAAAGAUCUGACCAGCGUCAACAUCCUCCUGAAGAAGCAACAGAUGUUGGAGCACCAGAUGGAGGUGCGAGAGAAAGAGGUGCAGUCGCUGCAGGCCCAGGCACAGGCCAUGUCCCAGGAGGAGGCCGGCGUGGUGGAGGUCGACAGCCAGCGGAUGCAGGUGGCCGAGAGUUUUGCCCAGUUGGCUGAACCCAUCAGACAACGACGGCAGCUCCUCCUGGCCUCCAAGGAGGCCCACCAGUUCAACCGUGACCUGGAAGACGAGAUUCUGUGGGUCAAAGAAAGGAUGCCUUUGGCAACCUCUACAGAUCAUGGACGAGACCUACCAAGUGUGCAGCUUCUCAUGAAGAAAAACCAGACCCUGCAGAAGGAGAUCCAAGGCCAUAAGCCCCGCAUUGAUGACAUCCAGGCCCACGGGCACUCCAUGACUCUCGCCGAGAAGGGCCAGACUGACCUGGAGGAGCGCUUGGCCGAACUGCGCGACUCCUGGGCGACGCUGAUCUCCGAGACGGAGAAGCGGCAUGGCCGGCUGGCAGAAGCCCAGAAUGCCCAACAGUUCUACGCGGACGCCGCCGAGGCGGAGGCCUGGAUGGGGGAACAGGAACUGCACAUGAUGUCAGAGGAGAAGGCCAAGGAUGAGCAGAGCGCCCUGGCGAUGGUGAAGAAGCACCAGGUCUUGGAGCAGGCCUUGGAGGACUAUGCCCAGACCAUCCACCAGCUGGCUAAUAGCAGCCGGCUCAUGGUGACCAGCGAGCACCCUGAGAGUGAGCGGAUCACGCUCCGACAAGCUCAGGUGGACAAGCUGUACGCCGGUCUGAAGGACCUGGCAGAGGAGCGCCGCGCCCGCCUGCAGGACCGCCUGCGGCUCAUGCAGCUCAAGCGGGAAGUGGACGACCUGGAGCAGUGGAUCGCCGAGCGGGAGGUGGUGGCCGGUUCCCACGAGCUGGGCCAGGACUACGAGCACGUCACGAUGCUGCGGGACAAAUUCCGUGAGUUUGCCCGUGACACGAGCACCAUCGGACAGGAGCGUGUGGACAGUGUCAAUGCCCUGGCAGACGAGCUCAUUGAGUCAGGCCACCCAGAGAACGCCAGUGUGGCUGAGUGGAAGGACAGCAUGAACGACUCCUGGGCUGAUCUCCUGGAGCUGAUGGACACGCGCACGCAGAUGCUGGCCGCCUCCUACGAGCUGCACCGCUUCCACCAGGACGCCCGCGAGGCCCUGGGCCGCGUGCGAGAGAAGCACGAGGCGCUACCCUCCGAUUUGGGCCGUGACCUCAACUCCGUGCAGCAUCUGCACCGGCAGCACACCGCCUCCGAGCACGACAUCCAGGCCCUCAGCGGACAGGUCCGGCAGGUGCAGGAAGAUGCAGAGCGGCUGCAGAAGGCAUACGCCGGAGAGAAGGCGGAGGACAUUGAGAAGCAUGAGCGUGCCGUGGCAGAGGCCUGGGAGGCCCUGCAGGCAGCCAGCCAGGCUCGCCGGCUCCUCCUGCUGGACACGGUGGAGAAGUUCCGCUUCUUAAACAUGGUACGCGACCUCAUGCUCUGGAUGGACGGCGUCAACCUGCAGAUCGAUGCCCAUGACAGCCCCAGGGAUGUCUCAUCAGCUGGCCUGGUCAUCGCCAACCAUCAGGACAUAAAGUCUGAGAUGGAGGCCCGAUCCGACAGCUUUGCCGCAUGCCAUGAGAUGGGCAGCAUGCUCAUCAAAAAUAAACACUACGCUUCUGACGAGGUGCAGGAGAAACUGGACCAGCUGCAGGAGAAACGAGAUGAAAUCAACAACAAGUGGCAGGAGAAGAUGGACUACCUUCAGAUUGUGCUGGAGGUGCUGCAGUUCGGGCGUGACUCCUCAGUGGCCGAGUCCUGGCUGGCAGGACAGGAGCCGCUGGUGCGGGCAGCUGAGCUGGGCUCCAACGUGGACGAGGUGGAGAGCCUCCUCAAGCGGCACGAGGCCUUCGAGAAGCUGGCCGCCGGCUGGGAGGAGCGCUUCGUGCAGCUGGAGAAACUCACUACGCUUGAGGAGCGGGAACUACAGAGACGGAAAGAGGAAGAGGAAAGAGCGAGGCGACCUCCCACACCACCACCUGCGGAGGAAGUGGUACAGUCUGAGGAUAGCAUGGAGCACCUGUCUGCUGCGAGAACUAGUUUGGACCAGACCACUCUGAACCAGUCUGUGCCUGUGAAUGGUGUCUACAGCGAUCAAGACACAUCCCUGUCGUUGUCACUGCCCAAGACAGCUGACUUUAAACCAGGGCCUCGUGAGCCUGGAUCGGAGAUGGACUCUGUCAAUGGGCCUGGCCACGAUGGCGGGCGAGCGUCCCCCAUCCGCCAGGAAGCCCUCGUCCCCAUGGCGGAGCCCAGCAGGAGCCCCGCGGAGGCAGGCAGCCCAGGGGGCAUCGAAGGCAUGCUGUGUCGCAAACAGGAGAUGGAGUCACAUAACAAGAAGGCCGCAAACAGGUCCUGGCAAAACGUUUACUGUACGCUGCGCAAGGGCAGGCUGGGCUUCUACAAGGACAGCAAGAGUGCAUCCAGCGGGGUAGUGUACCACGGGGAGGAGCCCGUGAGCCUGACACACGCCAGCUGUGAGGUGGCGCAUGACUAUAAGAAGAGGAAGAAUGUCUUCAAGCUGCGGAUUGCAGAUGGAAAGGAGUACCUGUUCCAGGCUAAAGACGAGGCUGAGAUGAGCUCCUGGAUCCAGUCCAUCUCAUCGUCCACUACGGCAACAGAGGCACCCAGAGACCAGUCCCCCAUGGGCCCGAAGGUCCUCACCCGAGCCAUGACCAUGCCCCCCAUUUCCCCCACCUCUGCGGAAGCCGGCAGCGUUACCAUGCGCAACAAGGACGGCAAGGAGCGGGAUCGCGAGAAGCGCUUCAGCUUCUUCGGCAAGAAGAAGUAGAGACCAAACACACUUCAGGCGAGGAGCUCAACAGAGAAAGAGAACGUUUGGCUCUGAAACAUGAUGAGAUUCCUCAUGGUCUCUGUCCACAGGAUCCUCUCACCAUAACACCCAAUCCAUACUCCUUCUAUCUGUAUGGUCUUCAUUGGACCUGUAAGAUUUAAUAGUCUGGGUUCUGUUCGUCUUAUUACUAUGUAAAAGGUCAACAGUCAGGGCACAGCUUUAUAUGGGUGAGCUUCAUCAGGGGAGAAAUCAAGAGGUGUAGAAUAACUACCAGUAAGGCCAAGAGUGAACUCGGUGGAAACACAUACAGAUCCAUUUUGUUGUCUUAUCCAUUAGCACAGCCGUAGCGUUAACCGUCAUUGGCCAGAUGUUAACAAGCAACCAACCAAUGACAACUUUACUCAAGUUGUAUAAGAGGUUUAGUUUUAGGGUGUCUUCAGCUAAACUUCUAAAUAUAAUCAGCCUGAUGGUGAGCUCCUGUGCUCAUGGCCCUGUUCCGGUGUUCUCGUCACAAAAUUGUCUGAAGGAGAUUGUUUCUUUCGAUUAAAAUUAUAAAUAUUAUUUACUUUUUUUUUUUUUUUUUUUGCUAAUUUUAAGAAAAUGUUCGUAAGUCUGGGGAGAUGCUGGUGAAACUUUACCGAACUUCAGAAAUACAUGUAGGUCGCCGGUACAUUUUCUGAGUUUGUUCAGGUUUUGUUUGUUUUUAUUGAAGAACAACAUUAAAAAUGACAGGAAUGGAGAAUAUUCAGUGUCGGGUUUGGUAAAAACAGCGGAAAUGUAAUUUUAUUGUAUUUUAUCCUUUUGUAUUUCAUAUAAUUGUCCCGCCUCCACUUAACAAAUUAGAAAUUCUAGUACUGAAGCAGUUAUUGGCUUGUUAAUUUUGUGGGUCUGUUUGAGAAAACUACCCUUCUUAUUGCAAAAAUAGUAAUGAUAUGGGGUGAUUCUGGUGUCUGAUUUGAAACGCUUUCAUUUCCUUAUGUAAAAAUGUUGGCUAUUUUUUCAGCUGUCUUUCAGGGAGUUAAUUCUGUUAAACACUAAAAAUAAAAAAAAAAUAAUGAAAAUUUGUCCUAAAAAUGUAUAAUGAUGAAAAGUACUGUCCCAGGGAAGGAAUCCAUUGGGAAUUUAUUUUUGGGAUCUAACGUUUGGUUUGGAAAAACAUUUGCGCAGAUCAUGGCUCAUUUUCAGUGGAUGGUUUUUACAACAAAUAAUUCGUAAAGAUUUAGCUAUAGUUAAUCUUUCAUUUUAAAACGCACGUCAGUGCCAGGAAUAUAGCAUAACAGCGGCUGAGGUGCAGUACUGUCUGUAGACAUUUUUUUUGUGUCCCUUCUUUGGAGGUUGAGAUGUCUGGGCAAGCCCUUGUGGAUACGGGUAUAGAGAUGGUUGGUCUGUCUAAGGGACAUAACUGCUGAACCCUGCAAGAUGCCCUCUUUGUCUUCCUUGUGUGGAAUGAUCGCACGCCUAUUCAUGAAUUCUCACUGGCCAGACUCUUCCUGAUGCGUGUGUGUCCCUCUAGAUUCCAGAAGCAAAAUGGGAUGAUGCUAUGAAGCCUGGGAAGAUGGACCAGGUAGAGUGUCAUCCAGCAUCAGGCUGCCACACAUUCCUCAAUGCCCUUAAUUUUAUAAUUCAUGCGUCAUAUGUUUUUUCUAAUUGAGCUAAGAGAAAUAUGAGGGCGGGGGUGAACUAGAAAUCUGAUGCAAAGACAACAGCACGUACAUAUGCACUAUACAAAUCAUACAUCAAACAGGAGGUAUCUAGGAAAUCUAGCUCUCAAGGCAAAACAUUGAGAAUGAAAGUGUAGAAUCCCCGCUAAAAGCUUCAGCUUCAUCCGUUGUGCUACCAAUGGUGGGGGUUCGGUGCUCUAAGUGUACCUGGCCUUCAACCAGUAAUUUGAUAGUACUCAGUCUGUCAUGGUAAAGGCCGGCCACAGCUUCCAUUCUCCGUAGCAAAAGCAUGAGCCGUGCUUCCUCAUCAGUCUGUCCGGAGAGACUGAGCUCAUGAGGUUUGGCUUCAGUGAGAUGUUGAGCUUCCGGGGAAGGGGCCUUCAAACACAGAUGUUCACCAUCCAUCAGUUCCUGCUUCGCGCUCUCAGUCUGCUUAUAAUGUCAUUUUUCUAGCAUUUGGAAUAUUUACUUAUUAGCUUGUUGGCUAGGUUUCGACAUAAAUGCCUAACUCAUGCUAGAAAUGAGCAUGAGCAUUCUACGUGGUCGGAGAAGAAUCCCUUCAUCCUGGAUGAGAAAGCUGUUGAGUCAAGCAUGGCUGAUUUUACUAACAGGCAUAAAAUUAACAGCUUGAUUGUUCAGGAAUAAUGUGACUUUAUGGAUGCUUUGCUGCCCGUGCACCUGACGAGAUUUGCCCCUAGUACCCUGCUCAGGAUUAAGAUGUUGGGAGAUUGAUGUAUGUUCUGUUGUGUUCUGAUUGGAGAAGAAUGAGAACUUACCAUAGAUUGGGAGAUCCAGGGAAUGUUUUGCAAUAGUAGUGUGAAAAUAUUAUCCUAACUCAUGAACUAUUAAGAUAAACACUUUUGUUAUUCCUGAGAUAAGUGUGAAACUAAAGAAAAAUUACUGUAUUUAAGCAAUAUAUAAAGGUCUUAUGUUUGGAAAAUGUCUUGAGUUUUCAACUGAAAAUCUGCUUUGAUAUUUUAUAUCAUAACAAGACAACCUCUUACAAAAAAAUGUUGAAUAAAAGUAUGGUCAUCUAAGUUCUGUUGUUAAUUUACUUACCCUGAGUCACUGCCACUGCUACAAUUUGUUAUUGUUUCUACUACUAGUUAGUUAUUGCUACUACUGCUAGUUAUAUAUUUCAAAGACUACUGUUUGUAGAUACAUUGGUAAUGUCAGACCUCACGAUAUGUCAGUGUGCUAUGUAGCAUUUCCACUGUCUACUUGUAUACUUAUAUCAAAUUGGACAAAAUAAAUGGAAGCUUGAGCAGC